ACUUUUAUCGUUAUUAUUACUUCAGUGUGUUGCACAUGUAGUCGGCUUGCUUUCAGUAUUUUAUAUUUGAAUUUGUUUUACAUUUUAGACUACAAAAGGCCUGCAUCAUAACAUUCAUUUCUGGAUCGGUGGUAGCUGUUCAAAGGAUGAAGCAGGUGCCGCGGCCAUCAAAACAGUUGAACUUGACGACCUGUUUGGUGGCGAACCUGUUGAAUACCGCGAAGUUCAGAAUCAUGAGUCGGACUUGUUCAUGUCAUAUUUCAGAAAAGGCAUACGAUACCUCAAAGGUGGCGUCGAAAGCGGCUUUAAACAUGUUGGCCCUAAGGAAUACAAAAAAUCGUUGUACAAAAUCAAGGGCAAGCGGAAUUGCAGAAUUCAACAGGUCGAUUGUAAUGUUGAUUCGUUGAAUAAAGGCGACGCUUUCGUUUUGGACAAUGGAUGCGAAAUUUUUGUCUGGAGUGGUCCUGAAUGUUCACGUGUGGAAAGAAUCAAGGCAAGUGCCUGUGAAUUCGCUCGCCAGAUUCGAGAUGAAGAACGACAGGGUCAAGCUCUCGUAUUCCUGCUCACCCCUGACGAUGAAAUGACGAAGAAGUUCUUCGUAGAGCUGGGAUCAAAUGAAAAUGCUGUCAUCAAAGACGCACACUUUGAUGAAGACGAUUUGGCGCAUGAGAAAAAUGCGGAAGCCCAAGUCAAACUCUUCAGAAUAUCAGACAGUAGCGGAAAAAUGGAUAUCAAGGAAGUUGUCCAGAGACCACUAAGCCCAAAGCUUCUUGACACGAAGGACUGCUUUAUAUUGGACGUUGGCCCAACGGGAAUAUAUGCAUGGUUAGGCAAAAAAUGCACGGACAACGAAAGAAAAACGGUGUGGGAAAAAGCCAAAGUGUGGAGGGUUGAAAACUUCUUCCUCAUGCCGGUAGACAAGAGUCAGUAUGGAACGUUCUAUUCCGGAGACAGCUACGUUAUCAUGUAUAAAUACAUGGACAAUAACCGAGAACGUUCGAUCGUGUACUUCUGGCAGGGUCUGAACAGCAGCACAGAUGAGAAGGCCGCUUCAGCAAUGCUGGCAGCUCGUAUGGACGAAAAGGAAGCGCAUGGUGAUGCUUUGCAGAUACGUGUAGUGCAGAACAAAGAGCCACUUCAUUUCCUGAAGAUGUUCGGCGACGAUGUGGUCAUUCUUAUGGGAGGACACAAAUCAGGCUUCAAAAAUAUCAAUGACAGGGAUAAUUACGACACAGACGGUGUCCGACUGUUCCGAAUUAGAGACAAAAAAAUCAUGCAGAUUAGCCGAUGGAAUGCAAAUUGCAAUGGCUCACCGGAUAAGGUGUUUUCCGUCAGAUUCACGAGGAGUCCAACGAUCGUUAGAGAAGGAGAGGAAUCCGAUGCGUUUUGGGCGUUUUUAGGAGGUAAAGGGAACUACGCCACCGGCGGUAUCCUGAGUAGUUCACAGAUUUUGCCUGUGCGGUUGUUCCAUUGCACCAAUGCAGUGGGAUACUUUAAGGUGGAAGAAGUAUACAAUUUCAGUCAGGAGGAUUUGAUCGAGGAUGACGUCAUGAUUCUGGAUGCCGUCGAAGACGUAUGGAGCAUAAUUUAUAUAUGGAUAGGAAAAGAUUCAAACUUGGCGGAAAGAAAAGAGGCGAUUAAAACUGCUACGGAAUAUCUAAGAAGGGACCCUUCAUGUCGUACGGCAGAUUCAGUCAAUUUGUUGGUCAUAAAAGAAGGUAACGAACCGCUCUCAUUCACUGGUCACUUUCCAUCAUGGGAUCCUGAUUUUUGGAAAUAUUACCUUGACGACGAAGAGUUCAAAAAAUGUUUUGGAAUAACCAAAGAAGAAUACGAAAAGAUACCGCAAUGGAAACGCAUACCUAUGAAGAAGAAAUGCGGAUUGUAUUAA